AUGAAAAAAGGAUUGUUUGAACAUGUUGACGGCCUUGUUGCAUUGCGCACUACAACAUUAUCAUCAUCAUCAUCAUCACCGUCUACUUCGUCAUCAAGUGACAAAGAUACAAAAUCUUUAUCUUCUGGAUCUGCUUCAUCAUCAACUGAUGUUUCAGUUUCUGAUAAGUAUGCUUUACCAGCAACAGCUAAAAAGCAGAAGAUGGUGGUUUCUGAGCAGGAGAAAAAUCAUUCAGAAAGUCCGACGAUUCCAAGAACAUUUGCAGCAGAAGGGGUUAGAGAAGCAGAUGAUAAUUUAGUUAUUGAACACGCUGCUUCCGAUAAGGAUGAAGAAAGUGAGUCGAAAUUCGAAACAAGCAGUAGUAGCAUUAGUAGUGAUGAAGAUGACGAGCCCUUUAAUGAUGAUGAAUUACCUGCAAAAGAAGCUGCUGUUAUACAAGCGCAUGCUGCAUUUACCAACAACCUUUGCAGCAAUUAUGUGGAAAACGAAAUCGCUGAUAAUGAUGCUGCUUUUGACGCGGAAAAAGACGUUUUUUCUCCCGAUGAUCUGCAUAAUUUAAAAUCAGUUAUGGGUCUGGAAAUCGAAGAAAGAAUGAAAAAUAUCACUGCUAAAAAUCCAAAGAAAGUAAUAGUAUGGGAUAUUCUUCUGAAACAUAUUGCUUCACAUCUGGACACAAUCAAAAACAACAGUUGUACUUCAAAUGUUGUCAAGCUCGAAGCUUGA